AUGGAUCCAGAUUGGGCAUAUUUGCCCGCACUUCAUCUCAGUUUGAUUCUUGACAAGUUGGUAGAACGAUUAGAUCACAUUUGGUUCAGUGCCGUGUGCAAGAAUUGGCACUCAAUUGCAAAGCUAAACCAUCAGAACAACGAAUUCAAGAGUAAAGUACUGCCCAUGCUAAUGAUCCCCACAGAAAGAAAGAGCAGAAAGAAGAGAAGUUUAUAUGGCAUUGCCGCUAAGAAAGUUUACCACUUUCAAUUGCCAGUGCCUUACAGCAAGAGGUGUUGUGGUUCAAGCCACGGUUGGUUAGCAACUGUAGAUUCUUGUUAUGUUAUAACAUUAAUGAAUCCUUUUAAGAAUGUUGCUCCCAUUCCUCUGCCACCCCUGAAUCCUGGAUUGUCACAUAAGUAUCUCUUUGAACAAAAUAUGCAUAAGGUUACUUUGUCAGUUGAUCCCACAAGCAACCCAGAUGAUUAUGUGGUUGCAGCAGUUUAUACCCAAGCUUGCAAUCUUGCUUUCAUAAAAGCAGGCCAAAAGUUUUGGACUUAUAUUGACGAAGAUUUUUUAUGUUUCACUGAUAUUACAUUCUAUAAAGGGGCCUAUCUUGUGAAAUCAUUGGAAGGAAACUUGUUGAUGGUUAGAAGAUUUUUGGGUUAUCACCACCCAGAUAGCUCCUCAUAUAGCACCGGUACUGAGAGUUUCGAAGUGUAUAAGUUGGAACUCGAUGUCCAAAGUGGGAAGCUUUUGCAAAUGUCAAAACUCAACAGUUUGGGAGACAAUGUUCUGUUCCUGGGUGACAGUGAUUCAAUUUCUGUGUCGGCUUCGUAUUUCUCCCAUUGUCUGCGAAAGGAUUCUAUUUACUAUUCCGAUGAUUUUUAUGACAACGACCCUUACCCUUUUGGCCCAUUUGAUAAUGGAAUCUAUAAUGUAAAGGAUCGAAGCUUUGCUAAAUAUUACCCUUACAAUCCUUCCUUCAAGCGUAUGCCACCUCCAUUAUGGGUUUUACAACCAUUCAAAUGGGAUUGA